UCAUCUUCUGAUACAUCUGGGUCAUCAACUUCAAAAACCUCUGGGUCCACAAGUACCUCAUCUUCCACUAGCUUGCAUUCAGAGGACAUUGUCGAAAAAGGUUCUUGUACUUCUGCCAGGCAUAGAACGAAACGAGGUCACGCCAAAUGCAAGAAGCUAGAAAAAGGAGGUCCCCGUCGUCUUACGUUUGAUAAAAAUGGGAUUGCCCAGUCACCGGUAAAACAUGUCAAUGAAUUCUCAAGUUAUUGUGGUUAUAUAGCACGCAUGCGUGUUGAUAUUAGGAUAAAGGAUUGGCGAAAAGUGCCUACAGUGGUAAAAUCAAACCUAUGGGAGGAUGUUUCAAAGAAAUUUGUCAUGCCAAGGGAUGAAACCCAUACCCUCAAUGUUAAGAAGGUCGCUUUGAAAUCUAUGAGCCAUGCAUGGAAGGAUUUCAAGUGGAAACUAAAUAUAAAUUAUGUCAAGAAGGACAAAACUCCAUUUGAGGACUAUCCAGAACUCAAGAAAGAGUGGUGGCCAGACUUUGUGGAGUGGGUUACCUCUGAUGAGUAUAUUGCUCUAGGAGAAAAGGGCAAGCAAAGCCAAAGCAUGAAUAAGUUCCGACAAAAACUAGGUCGGCGAAGCUAUACUGUACAAAAGAGAAAAUGGGCAAAGGAAGAUGCACAAGCAUUAACCGAGGGUAAAUCUAUUCCAUUUCAAGACAUGCCAGAUGGUCGUCAUAAGGAUUGGGCAAGGGCGAGGAAUCCUUCUGGCGAUGUGAACAUAACAGAGUCGCAUCCAAUCAUACAGAAAAUUUCAGUAGCUGGUACCUUUACACCAUUGGAUAAUAUGGACAUACUAGCAACAGCAAUAGGGAGUAAUCAUCCAGGGAGGACAACAGGGGUGAGUGCUUAUGUGGGUUUAGGGAUGGGUCUUGCUCAAGGUGAUGGCCCUCGUAAGAAGAAACGUAGAAGAACGAAAGAGUAUGUCAAGAGGAUUGUGGAUGAGUACGAGGCCAAGUUUGAGAAACUGACAGCCCUGUGUCACAGUAUGGAGCGUCGAUUAAACAAUUCUGAGAGUUGCUCAUCUUCAAAAUUUGUUGAUACACCAGACCAUGCAACACAUCAUUCAGUUGACUCAUUACAAGAGGUGAUGAAAUGCAAGUUGGUGGUGCAGAUAGGUCCGCAAUCUGUUGUGGUCGCUAGAGGGCAGGCUUACCCUCCAAAGGAUGUUGUAACCGUCCAUGGGAUUGAGCGGCGAGAUGACCACACAAAAGUGCAGGUUGAUUUUGUGUUUGACAACUUCUUGGAAUUUCCACUCCCUAUUCCUAUCGCUGGUGGUGAUAUGUUCACUCUUGGCGAAGCCAAAAAUUCAUUUGUGUUAUGGCCUAAGUCAGGCAUACAACUAGCAGAGGAAACAACAGUUCAUGCAAAGCCUCAACAAGUCCCACACACAUCGCCUCAGGUACUCCAUCACACACCUGAAAAGGAUAAAAUGCCAACACCAACAAUGGGUACCGAGGAUAUAGAUGUCACACAUAGUGCCUCCAAUGUUAGUAAGAAGAGGAAACAUAAGCAUAGAAAACAUAACAAAAGCAAAGAGAAGGAGCAAAAAACUUCACAACAGAAAAACAUAGAAGAUGAUGGUCUUGAUCCCCUUUGGACUCCCCCCUUUCAUCAACGAUCUCCACCACCAGUUCCAAAUAAUAAACAAUUUGUGCUAGGGCAGCCUUUAGUAUCUAGUGCAUUGCUUAAGAGGAUGGGUAAACAGAGCCAGUGUUUCCACAAAUGGUAUUUUGCUAUGACCACGCCAAUAUCUCGAAGGCAAAGUGCCACACACUUCAUGGUACGAUACGAAGAACAUGAUUUUCUUGAAAAAUCUGGGGUCUAUGCAGUAGAAUUCAGUGAUGUAUUUCACAUCUACAAUGAUCUUGCCCUUGACAUAUCCUUACAUCGGAGUUGGAUGCUGUGA